AUGGUCUCUGAAUCUGCGGAGACAAUUAGUGUCUUGUCCAAGGAUUUCAAGGAGUUUCUGAAGUCUGAAUCAGAUGAAAUUCCCACUAGUUUGAGGCAAUUGUCAAAGAUUGCUCAAUCAAAGGAGUUUUUGGAGUCGCUGACUCGGGUUUCCCAGGCAAUGACAAUUGGGAUUUUAAGGGGUUAUAGGGUAGGGAGUAGUAGAAGUGAGAUACAAGAACUGGGCAAUUCAAGUUAUUCUGAUAGGGUUCUAGAUAAGUUGAUGUCAACUGCUGGGACGGGGUUUAUAUCGAGUAUUGUUGGUAGUUUUACUAGGAAUUUGGUUGUGGGUUUUUAUGCAAAUGGUAAAUCAGUUGAAGGAUUGAAUGAAAAUGAUGACUUGGGUACGUCGCACGUUAACUCUAAUUUAUCAAGUCUGCCAAGAUGGGUUGAUGUGGUAUCGGAUGAUAAAUGUAGAAUGUUAAUAGCCGAUUGUAUCAAGACUUUUGUGAGCUCUGCAGUCACUGUUUAUCUUGAUAAAACUAUGGACAUUAAUUUCUACGAUGAAAUGUUCUCUGGCCUGACCAAUCCUAAUCAUCAGAAUAAGGUGAAGGACGUGUUGGUUUCUCUGUGUAAUGGGGCUGUGGAAACUCUUGUGAAGACAUCUCAUGAAGUAUUGACAACUUCAAAAUCUAAUUCUCAUUCAGAUCCACACUUGUCUUCCUCAACUUUUGAUCACACUGAAGCUCAGAGCAUGGCAGAAAACAAGGAUUAUGUACAAGGAGCAUCUUUGAGGAAAGUGAAAGAGACAAAUGGAUAUGUUGAUCUUCAAAGUAACGGAUGGGUCAAUAGUGUUUCAUCAACACUGGCAGUGCCAAGCAACCGAAAGUUUGUGCUUGAUGUGACUGGAAGAGUGACAUUUGAAACAGUUAGAUCUGUCGUGGAGUUUUUCUUGUGGAAGAUAAUGGAGUGCUUGAAAAGAAGUCUUAAUGCCAUUCAUGAUGAGGUUGUCAGAAGGGGACUUGAAGUCAUCAGAUAUAUUGGUGCUAAGUCUCUUGUAAUUCUUGUCAUAUGUUUUGCAAUGUUUAUACGUGUUGGCAGUACUCGAGCUCUGUUCCUUGCAUGA